AGUUUUUCUUGGUUGGGGGACCAUACUUUGGGCCAUAUAAAUAUAUCCCAACCAUACAAUCAGAUAUAGAUGUUGAUGUGUUUAUUGAAAAAGAAAAAGAUCAAAUUAGGUUUAUUCAUGGGCCAAUAGCAACGCACUUUUUAUCUUUAAGGGGAAAAGCACAACAAGUAGGAACCGUCGACAAGGGAGUGGUUCAUACCAUAACAUGCGCGGGUAAUCAGCAUUGAAUUUGUCAAUGCUUUUAUUUUGAAACCGCCUCACCUGGGUGACAGGUGAACCAGGAAGCUGCGUCUGUUGUUCCUCAUUAGAGAUCCGGGCGUCGUCGAGCAGAAAGGUGGUGUCUAUGGUGUCACUGCCGAAACCUUGUGUGUUUGCAGACCUUUGUGGGAGAAGAACAAAUGAGUCUUUAAACAUGCUGGAUCCAGGAGCGAGUGACGUCACGGGCCGAGGGCACUUUUAUGAAGAACAAGGAUCCAUCCAGAGGAACAACAACACGGUGAAAGAGCUCCUGAUGAUGAAACGCCAGAAGCGGAACUGCUCGGACGAGGACAACCACACGGAGCCUCGUUUGAAGUUUGCAAAACCUGAACUCUUUGCCAGCGACGCGAGUCCUUACCAGUUUGACGUAGCAGUGAACCAAAACAGUCCCCCUCAUUUCCCCCCUGCUUAUCCUGGAAGGAUGAAGCUCAAGCCGCAGCACAACACGCAGAUGCCGGCUCUGUGGGGAAACGUGGCUCCAACCGUGGAGAGCAAAGUGUCUCUGUUUCACUGGCAAAUCCAGCAAGCGGCCCAGAAAGUAGGAGACGUUCCCCCCGAGCGGCUGAACUGGCAAGACGCAGACGGCGACACGUAUCUUCACAUUGCCGUGGCGCAAGGGCGACGCGCUCUGGCCUACGUGCUUGCUGGGAAAAUGGCCAAAGUUGGCGCUUUGGACGUGAAGGAGCACAACGGCCAGACAGCUUUUCAGAUUGCCACUGCCACCAAUCAGCACUUGAUUGUCCGCGAUCUGAUGGCGCACGGAGCCCAAAUGGACACGCGCGACUUGUGGGGCCGGUCUCCUUUGCACGUGUGUAGUGAAAAAGGACACGCUCUCAGUCUUCAGACAAUCUGGAACAGCUUUUGCCAGAGUCGCCACCCAAUUGACGUGGACAUCUUCAAUUAUGAGGGUCUCACCCCGCUCCACACGGCAGUUUUGGCGCACAACAACAUUGUCAAAGAGCUGCAGCGUCUGGAAAGUCCCUGUUCGUACGCGGCCAUGCAGAAGAAACACGCGUUUGUGGAAUGCAUCCAGACUCUGCUGCUCAUGGGCGCGUCCCUAACGACCAAGGAUCUGAAAAGCGGCCGGACUUGUCUCCACAUGGCUUCCGAGGAGGCUAACGUGCAGCUGCUCAAGAUUUUCCUGGACCGGCCUCGCUCGCUGUCCGUUGUAAAUCUUAAGACGUUUAGCGGAAACACCGCCCUGCACGUUGUCAGCGCUUUGCAAAAUCACAACAGUCAAGUUGACGCGGUCAAGCUGCUGAUGAGAAAAGGAGCCGACCCCGGAACCAAGAAUUGGGAAAAUGACCUGCCGUCUCAGCUGGUGCCCGAAGGAGCCGUUGGGGAAAAGGUGCGGCACAUCCUGAAGGGGAAACGAGUGUACGCUUAAAAAACACUGUCAGUCAGACAGUCCGCUCUAUGAACUAUUUGCCAAGUAUGGCAGAUGUGGUUGUCGUUUCAGUGAAACAUGCCUCAUUGUUCAUUACCAUGUAAUGUUACUGGCUUUUCUUUUACAAUAAUAUAACAAUUGUCAUCACGUUCUAUGUUUAUUGAGGGGAAUAGGGUUGUACUUUUUGAUCAAUAGCGUUUACCAUUAUUGUAGCUGUAGAACUAUAUUUUAGAGAUAAAAAGUAUUGAAACAUUACCCUGACAUUAUAGAUAACUCUGCUUUAACAUGUCUACAAAUAAAGUCUCUUCAUUUGAAAACCUCAACUUGUUUGUUUUGAACUCUUUCACCAAGUACGUGAAAAACUGGCUGAUGUCACAUUUAUUUGUCCAAAACAUUAACUUACACAUCCUCACUUAACAUCAACUACAGACAGACAAACUCAACAGUUUGGCCUGAAAUGCCAAGACACUUUCAAGCAGCUAUGUGAAAUAGAAAUCCAGACAACAGUUUAAAAACAACUUCCAUUUGAGUCUAGUUGGUCCACAACUCAUUUCUUCUUCUUGUCCUGCGUGGUGGUGGAGUUGAACCACUGGUCCAGCAGCUUCUUGCUGUAGUAAAUCUGCCAACCGUGCACCUGCACGGCUAUGACAAUCACCAGGUACAUGACCGACACGGCCGAGAAGCCAAAGAUGAAGCGGUACGCUUUGCCGUGGCGGUACAGCUGCUGCGCCACGGGAAACAUCUCCAUGCUGCCGUAGAUCAGCG